AUGAAGAGAUCUUGCCCAUCACCAAACCAGGGCACACCUCAGACACCAGAACAGCCAACAUGUUGGGUGGAUGAGCUGCCAAAGGCUGUCAGAGAGCUGCGUGAGUCGCUAUGUGCUAUCUACACCAAUGUCCGUACUCUGGUCGAGGAUAGCAGCACAGACGAGGUGAGAAGUUUGAACAUGGAUGAGAUCUACGCAAACUUGCAUGUUGUCUCACUUGAAGAGCUCAGUGCAAGAGUGCAGCAGCUGAAUGCUGACAAACUAGGCAGCAGUGCUGGUAUUGAGCAGCUCACACACUCCCUUGCUUCAGCUGCAAAGAAGCUGCGCAAAAUAAAGCUGGCCAACAUCCUCAAAGCAAAGAAGUCUAUGAGACUAGCCCCGGGGAGGGAAACGUUCCGCACCAUUGCCCUCUCUUGCGCUGGUGGGGGGAAGACGUUGCUGUUCACCAAGAAAGGUCCUUACGACUGGGCACUGGGUCGCAUUUGGCAAGAGAUGGCUCUGGUGUUCGCCCUUGAACUCCGCUUGCCUUCCGUGCGCCAAGCUACGUGUGCUGCUGAGCUUCUGGCUUUGAGGAGCCACGACAUCAUUUCGGAUACUGAUCAAUCUGAGAUCUGCGCAUACGUGAAAGCCCAUCCAGAGAGAGUCUGCAUCAUACUUGAUGGUUUGGACGAAACGAAACUAGACGAGUGCAGCCCGUACGUCCAGGAUGUCAUCGCCGGAAAACGCUUGCCGGGAGUUCGCCUCGUCAUAACGUCACGCCAUUCCACGGAGGCUAUGAAUCUCAUCCACAACCCAGAGGUUGUAUUCCACCGACGCGUCGAGCUCUUGGGUUUCGAGCAGCAGGAGUUAGAGAAGUAUGUUCACAAAGUGCUCCCAGCUGAGAAAGCGUGCAGUCUCCUGGACAAGCUGAAGAGAAGUCCUCAACUGGCUGCAAUCAUGCGCACUCCACUGUACGCUACCAGCAUAUGCAAGCUCCAUUCCAACCAGCGAGAUAUACCCGAUACACUAGGCAAGAUCUUCAACUCCAUGAUACUCAACGUCAUCCAACCAAAGACGGAGAAAGGCCUGAAGAAGACCGAACCACACGAGAAGUUGAGCGAUGUUCCUGAUGGAAUCCAGGAAAGUCUCCUUGAUCUCGCCAAGUUCGCUUUCCACAUGCUCAUCCGGCGGAAGGUCGUCUUCACUGAGUCUGAUUUCAGCAUGUUUUCACUAUCAUCAGCAGCUCGUUCACUUGGUCUUCUCAUUGCCUGUGAUAAGCCACUUUCACAGGCCCAUCGUCAAUGGCGUUUUAGCCACCUGGCACUUCAGGAAGCUCUAGCAUCUCGCUACUUCGCUAGCCGCAGUCCGAAUGCAGCUGACGUCGCAUGGCUUGUGCAGCGCCUUGGAGCAUUCACAGGCAGCCUCAACAUGUUUUGGCGCUUACUGGCCACUGAGCUGGACAGUAACUCCGUCAAUGUGUUGAUUGAAGCCAUUCUCAAUGCGCAGUCCACAUCAUCUACUCAGCCACGGGAUAUCGACCAGCAUUCCACAGGAGCAGAGGGGCACAACGUCACGUGUUUUCUCUUCUCAACACACGACCAUAUCAUGGAAUGGGCCGACCACGUUUCUUCCUUUCUCUCCCUUGACGAAGCAGAACAUCUUGCAGAUGAAUUACUGGCUGGCAGAAUCGACCUGGUGUCAGCUUCGGAAAUGGUCCGCCGCAGGAUUGACCCAGCCGUCACCAAAAUCACCUGCCAGCAUUUCGUUCGUUCAUUGCUAGCCAUUUGGACGGAUCGCGUCCCGAGUGCCAGUACACAAAUUCUGCACGACUGCCUGGCCAACGAGGCACAAGGAUCGGCCAUUCAAUGCUUCACCGUCACUCCCACGUCCAAGUUACCGCCAGUUCCUCCAUCCGACGAAGCAGCUCAGCCAUUCGCAGCUCUGAAGAACGCCAACGAAGGGGAACGAAGACAACGAAUCCUCUACGCCUUCCGGGUCUUCGCGGAGCACGUGAACGCCAAGCAAAGCAGCAUCGAAGACAUCACCAGCAUGCAAGCCAUCAUCAAGCAGUACGGAGUAGAUUUCGCCAAGGUUCCUUUGACACCCUCCGACUGCCAGGCCAUCUACGCAGUCAUGAUUCACCAUCACCAGUUCAUCACCCGCAUCAACCUGCAGAACUGUGGUAUAGGUGAUACCGGGUACGCAUGCAUGGCUGAUGGCAUGGCUCUACUACGCAAUCUUACGCUCAUCAACCUGCCACAAAACAACCUAACAGAUCGUCACACGGCCCAUAUCGCAGCGUGUAUCGCAUCCAACACGUCAACACUGCAAGCACUCUACACAUCCGUGAACCUGUUCAGCAGCAAUGCUAUGGCCAUCGUCCACAGCAACACACACCGCUGUACAGGACUGCUGGGAGUGAACUUUGGAGGUCAAAAGUGCACCGAUCCAGCAGUCAACCUUGACGUCAUCACCACAGUCUGCAGCAGCUGCCCAGAUCUCCAGUACGUCGUUCUCUAUGAAUGCGUACUGGAUAUGGAAGGUCUAACCCAGCUAGCACCAUUGUUAGGAGCACUGAGGCUGAGAACGCUGGGGCUGCACAAGGUUGGGAUGAAGCAGAACUCGGCUACGAUCGUCAGUAGAAUCAUUCAACAGCAACACGAGAGUUUGGAGCACCUCUCACUCCAUCGCAAUGAGCUAACUGGAGAUUUCCUGUCAACCGUUCGUGGUGAGCUGAGUCAGUGCCGACGCCUAGAGAGGCUGUACCUGGACGACGACUGCCUCUCGUCAGGAGCUCUGCCAGUGCUUGCGUCCCUGCUGCCCAGUCUGCCCCAGCUCUCCGUGCUCGAAGUGGCGAGGAAUGAUUUCCGAGAUGAUGACGACGAAGCAAAGCUGUUCGCCACCGCUGUCGAGAGCUGCUCAUCUCUGAAGGAGCUGUGGAUGCCUGAAAGAGCUCUAGUGUCUCCACGGCUGCGUGAGGCUCUAAGUGCCAUGGCCAGAGAUGAUCUGGAAGUGCAGUAUGUGCGACUUCGCUAUUACGACGAAGUGGAGAAUGACGAAGAAGAAGACGAGGACGGCGAUGAAGGUGAUAGUGAGAGUGAGGAAUGA